CGACCCAAACCACCCUACACAGGCACUGACCCUUUCUCAACUUGAAGCUGCAACGCAAAACCCUCCGCGAGGGUUUCCACCGCCGUCGCGCCGCUCACCUCGUUUCAAUUCGAACAGCAAAACCCUUUUGCAGUCGCAGAACUCUCGCAGCCGGCCAGAGCGCGGCUGCAGCGGCGAGGACCACAAUCCUUCGCGGAGCAUGGCCACCUCUACGGAGCCGGAGGGCACGCCGCCCGCGGCUAAGGGGAGUAAAGGAGAGGCCAACAGGAAGCGGAGCAGCGAACAGGGACAGGGAGGCCAGGGAGGCGCAGGCAGCGGCGGCGGCGGCGGCGGCGGCUGGCAGAAGCGGAAGAAGAAGGAGGUCUUCAUCUACGGAAACUACAAGAACUACUACGGCUACCGGAUUGAUCGCAAUGUUGGUGAAGAUCCUCGCCUUGAGGCGUUCAAGAAGCAGUGGUUUGAAAACAAGGAUUGUCUCGAUAUUGGAUGCAACCAGGGUUUGGUAACGAUUGGCUUAGCCAUGAAAUUUAACUGUCGAAGCAUUCUUGGAGUUGAUAUUGAUUCAGGUUUGAUUGAGACUGCUAAGUGGAACCUACGAAGGAUAAUGCGGCAGGAUAAGGUGGCUACAAAAAACGUGAAAGCUCAGGAAUUGCCAGAUUCUCCUUCUCAGAGCUCUACAAGAGAAGUGGCAUCUGAGUUAUCGAAUGGGAACAGGCACCAAGAUCUUUUUAAAAUUGUCUCUUUUCGACGUGAAAAUUUUGUAGAGUGUAUGGAUGGAUGUUCAGAACAGUAUGACACCAUACUCUGUUUGAGUGUGACAAAAUGGAUCCACCUGAACUGGGGUGACGAUGGCCUAGUUACUUUGUUCGUGAAGAUCUGGAGGCUUCUAAGACCGGGAGGUGUUUUUAUCAUGGAGCCUCAACCAUGGAGUUCAUAUAAGAACAACAGAUUAGUUUCAGAGGUUGCCAAAGAGAACUUCAGCACCAUCUGUAUAUACCCAGAGACGUUUCGGGAGGUUCUUCUAGACAAGAUUGGAUUUAGGUCAGUAGAGUUGAUUGCGGACAGAUUGGUGGGUACCGUCAGUGGUUUCAACCGCCCAAUAGAAGUUUACCACAAAUGAUGAAACUGGGUCAAGGAUUGUGGCAUACCUGUCCAAGCGUACACACCCUGACCAAAUGAUUGUGUUGAGAUUUGAAAUGCUUGCUGACUGACUGGGUACGAGUACAACAAUGAAGGCCUUGCAUGGUGCUUGACUUGCAUUUGCAAAAGAGAGUAUCAGAUGUCAAAGGAUCAAGAUGGAAGAGUGGUGGUUGGAAGUUGAAUGUUAUGUUCUCUAGAUGGAAGUGUUGGGAAUUUUUUUAAUGGUUUUGUUCUUGUACAAAAUGGAUAAUGGACAUGUUACCCUGAAAGGGAAAAUGAGGCUUCCAUGAAUAUCAAUUUUGCCUGCUAUGAACAUCAUGAUCUCUCGUGCUUAUUGUUUGCCACGUAUAUAUAGUCAUGCUAAUAAGUUCAAGCGAACAAUGCCAUGGUAGUAGCUUAAUUUCAUUGACGAAGUCAGGUGAAAGAGUGUACUUGUUGGUUCUACCAAUGACAGAUGCCUUGUGGAAUUCAAGUGGUUAUUUGUG